AUGACUUACAGUCAAAAUGGCUUGCCUGAAUAUUUAUGUUAUCAAUGCAUGGCCCAUGUGAGAAAUUUUAAGAAAUUCCGUGAUAAAUGUCAACAUUCAUAUUAUGCACUGCGAGAAGUAUUCGAGAGAGAAAAGAAGAUAACUGAAUCAGUGGUGGAAGAGUUGAGCCAUAAUGUAAUAAAUAUUGAACCCAAUCUUUCCUAUCUGGCACUGGACCAUUAUAGAACAAAGUAUGAAUAUGUUAAAUCCAAAACAAAGAAACAUCGAAAUGCUGAUUUGAAGGUUUAUGACAAUAUACCCAUCCUACAAUUCACUACAACUUCCGAUGAAGUAAUAUUUGAAGUGCCUAAGAAAAACUCAGAACUUUGGUUGGAACUGGAAGACAGUAUAAAGCAGGAGGAUGAUUCUCUUAUAAAACAUGACGAAACUUAUGUGGCUGAUUUAACUGAACUGUAUGAUAAAAAAGACGAUGACUACUUUGAUGACUUUGAUGAUUGUGAUACACAGAAUGAAUUUGAUAAUGAUCUGGAAAAGCUAGAAGAUCAGGCUGAAACUAAUGGCAAGAAUCACCAGGAAGAAUAUGCAACAUUAAUUCCCAUUAACACUAAAGAAGCCAAGGCUGCAGUUGAAGUGUAUAAAAUGCUUUUCCAAGGAAAGUUUUCAUGUGAAGUGUGUCAAAAGACCUAUAACAGUCAGUAUAGGCUUAAGGCUCAUAUGAGAAUGCAUGAUAUGUGUAUUAGUGGAACAUUUUCAUGUUCAUUGUGCAAAUUUUACUACAGAUCUGAAUUACUAUUAAAAUCUCAUAUGACAGAAAAGCACAUGUAUAAAUAUUUAUGUAAAAAGUGUCCUGAGGUGAACUUUGACAGACAUUCAGCCAAGCGACAUUACUACUGGGGGCACUUCACAGAAAUAUCAAAAAAACAUACACGCACAACCAGACUAACAAAGGGUAGACGGAAGCACAAAUCUGCAAUACGACAGUUAGAACCUAAGACUGGAGAUCCAGAUGACUUCCCAAUAUUAUCUGCCGUCACUCAAGAGGAACAAUAUGCAUUAAUAAGGGAUCGACAGAAAACUAAAAACUAUAUGGACUCGCCUUAUAAAUGUGAAUAUUGCUUCAAAGGUUUCAGAGUUGCAACAACAUAUGAGACACAUUUAAAGAAACAUGAUCCAGCGAUCUCGGGUGAGCUCCAAUGCGACGCUUGUAAGACAUACUGCCCAAACCCUGCUAAGAUGUACAAGCACAUGACCCGGUGUCAUAUAUACAAGUAUACAUGUCAAAUGUGUGGAUAUGUCUGCUUUAACAGAGGUCAAGCGAAAAUACAUUACAACUGGCACAAGAAAGUCAUAUAUCCAUGUCCUCAUUGCAAGAAGGAAUUCUCAAAAGAAUCAACGAAGCUAGGUCACAUUCGCAAAAUGCAUCCAUCGACAAACAUUUGCAACUUGUGUGGUCACAGCUUUGUCAGUGUCACCGGCCUUCAUAUACACAAACUCAAGACUCAUAGCAAAGAGGAGGUAGAAGAAAACCCCGGCAAGGUAGAUCCGAACAACCCUCUGUACUGCGCUGAAUGUCGCGUACAGUUCAGAGACGAAGAGGCCUUCAAUACCCACCUUGGAUCUUCCAAUAAACAUGCUGAGACUAAUCGAUCAAUGAUCCAAGCGAACAUAGAGAGCGCGUACGACACGAAGGGCACGGGCGUGCGCGAGGGCCCGCGCCUCACCGACAAGGGCGUCGUCAACAUGGGGCGCGCCACCUCGUCCAACUGCGAGAUUUGCAACAAGUACCUGCAGAACGACACGCAGGCGACGCGCCACUACGACGCGGAGCACCCCGGCGCGCCCUAUCUCAAGCGCUACAUGUGCGACAUCUGCGGGCACAAGACGCGCCAAUACGCCAACCUAGUGGUUCACAUGCGGACGCACACGCAGGAGAAACCGUACGCGUGUCCGCAGUGCGAUCGACGCUUUAGUAUGCAGAACAAUCGGGAUAGGCAUAUUGUUGUACAUACAGGUGAAAAGCGAUACCAAUGCCCGCAUUGCAGCCGUCGUUUCUCUCAAAAGAACACAGUCAAACUCCACAUACAGACAGUACACUUGAAGAUCCCCUACCCACCCUGGAAUAAGAAAAACCGUAAACCUCGCAGGGACCUGGACUCUGCACCCCCAUCCCCCUCUACCAACUAUAAACUACACCUGGAGGCCUCUCACGGUAACUAUCUAAGCGCAUAUAUUGACACAACAAAUAAAGUAUGCGGUUCUCAU